AUGGAUCCCAAAACUUCGGUUGGAGUGUGCUGGUUAUUUGUUUUUCCCCUAGAACAAUAUAGCAAGCAUACUUAUAUAUCAGAAAAUGCCCUUCUUCCUGGCCAGGUAAAUACUUAUUAUAAUUGGCCACAGGUUUUUGAGGCAAUGGCUUAUAGGGAUAACAUUAAAUCAAUAUUAAAUUUGUCUAGUUUAGAAAAAGCCGAGCAUAUAGAAGAUCAGUUAAAAAGAUCCGGAUUCAAAACAGCAAAACAAAAUUUUACUGUAGUAUCUUCAGGAAGGGUUAUUUCUGGAGUAAAUGUAUUUGGAGUGUUAAACUCUCCUCGGGCUGAUGGUACUGAAGCACUGGUUCUUAGUGCACCAUGGAUAUCCAAAGAUGGAGUAACUAUCAAUAUCAAUGGAAUAGCGGCCGCGCUGUCGAUAGGAAAAUUUUUUAAAAAUACCGAUUAUACUUAUUGGUCAAAAGAUAUCAUUAUUUUGAUAACCGAUGGGGGCGAGGCGGGUGUUCAGGCAUGGCUGGAGUCAUACCACGAUCAUCAACUUUCAGAUAUAAAAGCAUCCCCGCUACUAUUAAGAUCCGGUGCAAUUCAAGCAGCAGUUAAUUUGGAUUUUCCCGGAGUUGAUGAUUAUAAAGCCCUUGGGUUGUUUUUUGGUAGAUCUUGGCAUUUACUUGUUACUAUCGCGUUUUACUAUAUGUACGAUUAUUCCCUAAUCGCUGUUGUAUUUCAAGAGGGAUUGAACGGACAACUUCCCAAUUUGGAUUUGAUAAACACCAUCGUUCGUAUUUGUCGAAUAUCCAAUAAUAUCCCGAUAUCAUUACACGAUUCCGGCCAUUUUUAUACUCAUAAUGAUGUGGGCGAUUAUCAAUCUUCAUUUUAUAAUUUAUUAACAACAAUGAAAUAUCAAGCUUUGGGACAUCCGACUGGGAGUCACGGAUUAUUUUUUAGAUAUAAAAUUGAUGCGGUCACUUUGUACGGUUUGGCCGAAGCACCCAAUGCUAGUCCUUAUAGUUUCAUGGAAAUUGGACCUAUGGUAGAAUCAACAUUUAGAAGUUUGAACAAUCUACUGGAACAUCUUCAUCAGUCUUUCUUCUUUUAUUUGCUGCCAUCUCCGGAAAGGUAUAUUUCUAUUGGAUCGUACUUGCCACCCGCUAUAUUGUUGGCAGUUGAAUUAUGGGCAGAAACGGGAGAUGACACCGCGAAAACAAUAAGCCAAGAGCUACAAAAGCAACCUUCAGAUCCUUCAAACGUUAAGGCUCACAUUGCUCCUUUAGCAUACAUGAGUCGUCCAAGAGAAAUUUUGUUUCCAGUGACUGCAUUAGUUAUGGCUCAUUUUUCUGGACUUAUCAUUUUCUUCGUUGUUAAAAAUCAUUUCAUUAUAAGUAAGGCGUCAUAUAUCUUUGGAAUUGAUGUUUUCACAGGUCUAAAUUUUGACACAUUGAAAAUUGGAUUUUCCGAACAAUUCGCUGGUUUCGUUGCAAUUGUCUCACAGUCUUUCCGUGUGAUGCUUGAUUCUGAAUGCACCGGGGGUUACUUAAUCACAUUGGCAAUAUCUGUAAACAUCUCAAUAGUGGUAUCAAUGAGUUUGAUAAUUGCAUGUCACAACAGAACUCAUCAUGAUGUAGAAUAUCUCGCCAGACAACAACUGCAAAACUUGCAACCUGCAGCUCCAGAUUGGAUUGUGCUAAAGUCGUUCACUCUUGCAUUCACGGCAAUGAUAAUAUCCUGCUUAUCAGUACUGAAUUUUAGCUUGGCUAUAUUCGUAUCUUCAAUGGUGAUAAUGCCGUUUUCAUUAUUCCAGCCAACAUCAAUUGAUCUCUUUUCUGCGGAUUUGUCUUCAAAAAAUUUGAAUUUGUCAGAAGCAUUACAAUCAUCAUCGGAAAAUCCAAAAUCCAUCGAGAAUGUAGAUUCUCCGAAGUCUGGAUCGUUUCCAGAAAAGAAAAAUUCAGCAAUUGAAGAAAAUUCUUCGCUUAUUUCAAUAAUCCGACAAUUAUUUUCCAAAGACUUACUUAAUAUUUUACAACUACUUGUACUGAUCAUCAUCUCACCUCCAGGAAUAUUGAUUAUGACUGGUACAAAUCUAGAUGAGUUUUUAAGUUGGAUUAUAAUGGAAUAUGAGCUGUUUGGUAGCUAUUUGUUACCAUUCUCCUCUCAGGGAUUAAAAGUUCCUGGUAGGUUUAACAACAAUGUAAUAGUUGAGGAUAAUUUGAUCUUCUAG